CGGGAGAGGGGAGCAAAUGCCCCCCCACCCCACUUUUUAGAAUUAUAAAUUAAUGUUCGAUUGAAGAGUAACUUUUUACCGUGUGGAUUGAUGUAUUUCACGAAAGUAAAAGCUAAAAACUACAAAUAAAUAGAUUUCUUUCAUGUUAUUUCGUAAGAUGGAACUUGGGAUUGGAACGGCGAAGUUUACUGGUCAUCUGCCCCAAUUUUUGAGGCUAUGUUCCACAUUUUUAGGUUUUUUAAUCAGUAUUGUUAAAAUCCAUUAAUAUAACCCAACCGUACUCAUCUCUCCUCUCCUCCCCCCCCCUUACCUUUUUGGUGCACCAGCCACUUACGUUUCUUUCACCUAAACAUUGAAUCAUUUUUCUUUACGAUAAAUUUUGCUGAGUCUUUAUUUUUGGUAAAAUUGUAAUUUCUAGUAGUAAUUUUAAAAUUUAACGUUUAACAUUAUUUUUAUAUUUUGUGUACAUUGUUAAUUGAUUGUGUCAGUUAGUCUGUCCCCCUCCCCCCCCCCCCCAAAAAAAAAAACUAAGUUAUUUCUUUUGUGAACAAAUACAUUAGAUGUCUUUGAGGGUGGCAAAAAAUGCUUUGAGGCAAACACUUAAAGAUACAUUAAGAAAUAUGCCUCCUGAGGAAAGGCAGAUGCAAUCUGAUGUGGUGCUUAAAAAGCUAUUUCAGAACAAAAAAUAUUUGGAGAGCAAAAGGAUUAGUGUUUACCUCAGCAGAGAUAUUGAAGUGGACACCAAAGGAGUUCUCCUAAAUUUAUUUAAGUCUGGCAAAGAAUGUUUCAUUCCAAAAUAUUGCUCCAAAAGUACUCAAAUGGACAUGGUAAAACUUAAUUCAUUAGAAGACUUUGAUAAACUCCCUCUUACAUCCUGGAAAAUAAAGCAACCUGCAGAAUUAGACAAUAGUUAUGAAAAUGCUCUGUGCACAGGUGGAUUAGAUCUCAUUAUAGUACCUGGCAUUGGUUUUACAAAAUUAGGUCAUCGCAUCGGCAAUGGAAAAGGAUACUACGACACAUACCUUAAAGAAUGUGAAGAAAAAUUAGGUAAAAAAGUUCCUACUGUGGCAUUAGCUUUUAGGGAACAGAUGGUUCCAUCAAUUCCAGUUGAUGAUCAUGAUGUCCCAAUAGAUGAAGUCAUUUUUCCUGACUAGUGUAACUAUAAACUAUCAUUAUUGUUUGUGUUUUUAAAUUCUAUUGCUCCAAAGAAAUUGUUAAAAAUAAUAUAUAUUUUUGUACUGAAUAAAACAAAAAU